GGGAACUUGGCCGUGUGAUGGACAGUCGUCAUGGAAACGCUCUCGCUCGGCUUCCAUUUUGUUCCUGACUCUUUUCCCCUUCCUUCAGACGACUGACGCCGCGACUGACGGCGCUCGACUGCGACUGAGAAACCGAUCGCCGAUCCGCGCGUCGCGUCGACGCUGAACCGCGCCGCAGAGCGAAUUUAGCGCGCGAGUGUCGUGCGCGGGUUUGCAGCGCGCGCGCGCGCCAUUUUGUCCAGCGGCGGCGGCGGGGGCGCGCGCGCAGGAUGAGUGACUGACGGACGCACGCGGGACUGCUGCGCUGCGGAGCGCGCGACGCUCACCGAGAGAGACGCGCUGAUCUGUUCUCCGCGAGGCUUCUUCGCAUCGGACCUGCUCUGGAGAGGGAUUCCCGAGGAAGGCGGCCGGCUGGGAAUUAUCGCGGAUCCUCCGGAGGAUUCUCGUUCCUCUCGUCAGAAAGAGGCGCGCCACACGAUCUUCACCAAUGGUUGUGCAAGUCAAAGAUCAACUCAACCAUCUCAGAAAACGGCAAGACCCUGCUGAGACAUCAGGGCUGUUCUCACCUGGAAACCACUCGCGAGUCGCUUCAGUGGGCUGUGGUUUGCAGAUGGACUCCCCUGUCACAAUGAUAUGAGAUUUGUCAGAAGACGAUGCAUACAGGAGGAGAGACCUCAGCAUGCAAACCCUCCUCUGUUCGGCUGGCCCCCUCGUUUUCUUUCCAUUCGGCUGGUGUGCAGAUGGAUGCGCAGACGCCCCAUUCUCACCCGCCGUUCAGUGAUGGUCACCCGCAGAGCGCUGCUGACCAAUCAGCCGCUGCGCUGCCAUACAACUCGCAGGCCCCGCAGGUAACUGCUGAUAUGGUGAUGCUUCAGAGGCGGAUGCCUCAGUGUUUCCGGGACCCAGCGACUGCGCCCUUAAGAAAACUCUCCAUCGAACUGAUCAAAACAUACAAACACAUCAAUGAGGUUUACUAUGCAAAAAAGAAGCGUCGUCACCAACAGGGUCAGGGCGAGGACUCCAGCAACAAGAAGGAGAGGAAGAUUUACAACGAUGGUUACGAUGAUGACAACUUUGACUACAUCGUUAAAAAUGGCGAGAAAUGGAUGGACAGAUAUGAGAUCGAUUCUUUAAUAGGCAAAGGCUCGUUCGGUCAGGUGGUGAAGGCGUAUGAUCGUGUGGAGCAGGAGUGGGUCGCCAUUAAGAUCAUCAAGAAUAAAAAGGCCUUUCUGAAUCAGGCUCAGAUUGAAGUCCGACUGCUGGAGCUCAUGAACAAACACGACACCGAGAUGAAGUACUACAUCGUUCAUCUGAAACGCCAUUUCAUGUUCCGGAACCACUUGUGUCUGGUCUUCGAGAUGUUGUCCUAUAACCUGUACGACCUGCUGAGGAACACGAAUUUCCGCGGCGUGUCUCUGAACCUGACGCGCAAGUUUGCUCAGCAGCUGUGCACCGCGCUGCUCUUCCUGGCCACGCCUGAGCUGAGCAUCAUCCACUGUGACCUCAAACCCGAGAACAUCCUGCUCUGCAACCCCAAGAGAUCCGCCAUUAAGAUCGUGGAUUUCGGGAGCUCCUGUCAGCUGGGACAGCGGAUAUACCAGUACAUCCAGAGCCGGUUCUACCGCUCGCCCGAGGUGCUGCUGGGAAUGCCGUACGAUCUGGCCAUCGACAUGUGGUCUCUGGGCUGCAUCCUGGUGGAGAUGCACACCGGAGAGCCUCUGUUCAGCGGCGCUAACGAGGUCGACCAGAUGAAUAAAAUCGUGGAGGUGUUGGGCGUCCCUCCCAAUCAUAUUCUGGAGCAGGCGCCUAAAGCCAGGAAGUUCUUUGAGAAGAUGUCUGACAGCACGUGGUGUGUGAAGAAGACCAAAGAUGGCAAAAGGUAUAAACCCGCAGGCUCCCGGAAGCUGCACAGUAUUUUGGGCGUGGAGGCGGGCGGCCCCGGCGGGCGGAGAGCUGGUGAGUCUGGCCACGCCGUAGCUGACUACCUGAAGUUCAAAGACCUGAUCCUGCGGAUGCUGGACUACGACCCCAAGACCCGCAUCCAGCCGUAUUACGCGCUGCAGCACAGCUUCUUCAAGAAGACCGCAGACGAAGGCACCAACACCAGCAGCAGCGUGUCCACGAGUCCGGCGCUGGAACAGUCGCAGUCGUCCGGAACCACGUCCAGCACCUCCUCCAGCUCAGGAGGAUCGUCUGGAACGAGCACCAGCGGCCGUGCCCGCUCCGACCCGACCCAUCAGCACCGGCACAGCGGAGGACACUUCAGUGCAGCGGUGGGCAUGGACUGUCACAACCUCUGCCCACAGGCGAGGCAGGCCUUCGUGCCGGCGCUGGGUUGGGUGGGAGGAGACGGACUCCAGCAGGCAGCCGGAGAGACGCACCCCGUCCAGGAGACCACCUUCCACGUGCCGCCGCACCAGCCCAAGGCCCUGCACCCCCAUCACCACCACCACCACCACCAUCACCAUCAGCACCACCCGCCGCAGGGCCCCGCCCGGCCCCGGCCCCGCCUCUACUCGCCCUCCCACAGCGCCUCCACGCAGGACUCCAUGGAGGUGACCCACGGCCACCUGUCCAUGACCUCGCUGUCUUCCUCCGCCUCGUCCUCGUCCACGUCCUCGUCCUCCACCGGGAACCAUCACUACGCCUACCAGAGCCGCCUGGGCUUCGGCCACAACGGCAGCAUGACUUUGGGACUGGGUGCCUUCUCCAACCCGCGGCAGGAGACGGGUGUGCCGGGCCACCCCUCGAACUCUGGGCCGGGCCACUACAUGGCCGAGGCUCACAUGGGCCUGGAGCGCGAGGAGUCGCCCAUGGCGGGCGUGUGCGUGCAGCAGAGCUCGGUGGCCAGCUCCUGACCGGAUUAACGCUGGCUUGACACCAGGCUGUCCUCCUCUGACCUUUGCUUCUGUUCUCCGAUUCUCAGAUGGUUCAGACGCGGUUCUUGAUUCGAGCGGAGCUUUCCCAGAGUGCGACGAGACCGCCGCGGGCAGCGCUUCUUUAAUAUGGCCUUAUCGUUACGGACUGAGCAAAGACGAGCCGGACGUUUCCGAAGCUUUCGUGUAUUUUUGACGUGCGAACACCCUUCAUUCAUGACACGCCAGAACAGAACAGUGACCCGAGGCCUUUCUUCUCUAGAGAUCCGCAGGACUGAGCCGUGUCCCUUCCCGCUCUUCUGUUGUGCUCGGCAUGUGUGUUUUACUUUGGCCCUUUCGCUUCUUUGAUUUGGCUUCACGAUUAUGCUGUGAAUUUUACACCACUUUUGUUUUCUCCCUUUUGAUAAUUUAUUGUACCAAAGGCGUUUUUUUUAUAGAACAUAGAUGUCUGUAACCAAUAAUGUAGCAGUUCUGCACUUUGAAGCAAAGGUGUGUGUCAUGUCAGUAAACGACUGUCAGAACUGGAAGUGACGAUGUUUGAUGUGGCGGAAAGCCCAAUCCUGGACGCCAUCGCUUGCGAAAUUCUGUCGCUCUGUUUUUCUUUCUCUCUUCAUUUGCUCUUAGCAGACGGCUGCGUGGGUGGUUUUCUGUUGAUUUCGCUCUCACGGGACGGUGGACGCGGACGCCCGAGCUGCUCGGCUGGUCCCAGAGCAGCUGGACAGUCGGAGAUCCUCUCGGCCGGACGCUGCUCUCUCUCGCUACUAAAGCAAUCCGCGUCUCUCUCCGUCCGUCCGUCCGUCUGCGCGCGCGGUGGUGACGGUUGCGAGCGGACGCACGGUUCUUUAGGGUUCCUGUGGUCACGGCAUACGGAGGCUUCAGGUGUUUACUUUGUGACCCCAUUUUAAUAGCUGAAAUAGAAUUUAUGUACAUAUUUAUAUUUUUUUAAUAAAGGAAGUUUAGAACUCACUACUUUUUUCCUAAUGGUAUUUUGAGUACAUUUACGUCAACUUGGUAACAUGCAGUGGAAGUUCUCUAUGGUAGUCAAUGGGUAUCAGUGCUUCCAGGCCAAAGUAGUUGACGACGAUGACGACGCUAGUACAAAUGCAAAACUCUAGGGUUGCAGCGGGACGGAGAGUAGAUCUUCAUACUUUAAUCUUCUAGACAGGGUAUCGUGUGUGGAUGUGUGUCUCCAAUCAGAACGACGGCAUCGGGCGGCGUUUCACAUGUUCGUAUACUCCAGCGCUGACGUAGUAUACGUAGUACAGGAACUAAUUUUCCGUUUAGUUGUGGUGUUACGGCACACGCUUCAGUAAAUGGGUCCAUUUGAAAGCAGAAGUCUGCAGUGGCAGCGGCGCGCGUGUGUGUGUGUGUGUGUGUGUGUGUGUGCGUGAGACAAACAUCUGCAGCGCUCACUAACUCCUGCUAGCGUUUCAGGUUACACAUUAUGAUUUGAAAUCUCUCUCUCCCUGGUCCGACUUUCCCCUCGGCUUCCCGUCCGGUUCGCAUUCUCACUCCUCGUUUGGUUCCAGGACAUGUGAUGAUGAUGAUGAUGUAAACAGAACGACAGACGGAUAUUUCGGAUCUUUAUCCACAGGUUGUAAGAUCAGGACUUUCUGUGUAAAUUAAAGUGUCACUGAGGGGCAGUAAUGGACAAACCCUUUGUACUAUAUUCAAGCGGUCUUAUGUAUGAUUAUAAAAAAACAAAGUUGCUUAACUUGUA